AUGGCCAAUCCCCCAUUGCAAUUGUCGCUGCAGACAGCCCGGGAGGACAAAAGUCCCCCGCUGUCUGCUCAAGUCCAGUCGAGGCUCACGCCUCCGGUGUCCCCCACGGCCAAAGAAAGCGGCCCCCAAACACCAAUUUCAGGCUCCCAAGAUUCAAAGAUAGAGCAAUACUUGUCCUCCAAGGACAACACCAGCACCCUUCAAUUCACCGACGACCUCGAAAUCUGUUGCGAUAAGAACAAUCACUCUUUCGAGUUCGGCCGAGGCGUCUGGAGCAUAGUGUAUAAAGCGCGCUCCUCACCACACACUUCAAAUACCAUCCCCGGCACACCCCCCAGCUCCCCAAUCUCAACAUCCCGAGUGCUAGCCGUAAAAGCGCCAUUGCGCCGCGAUGCGCGCCCAGUCCUCAAAGCCGAGGCACUCACGCUCACCCGCCUCACGCGCAUCCCAGGCCACUCCCAAUACAUCGUGCCCUUCCUCGGCUACCACGCCGAGCUGAGCGCACUAGUCAUGGUCGCCGUGCCCACCUCCCUAUCAACCUUCAUAGAAAGCCAAGCCGAGCUAGCACGCGCCCGCAAACCCGCAACAGCAACCAUGUUCGACCCCGUCCAGGGCCCAGCCUCGUACCAGCAGCUCGCGCGCAAGCUGAUCAGCGGCCUGAACUGGCUGCACCAAGUCGCCGGCGUCGUGCACGGCGAUAUCAAACCCCACAACAUCCUGCUCCGGGAUACCACCGACGCCGUGUUCCCCUACGAGCCUCUCUUCGCGGAUUUCUCUGCGACAGUGGAUAUCCCGACUGACGCGGAUGCGCCACUCGAUACAACGCGCGCGUCGAUGUCAUCUUUCACGCCGCCCUUCACGGCGCCGGAGAUGCUGGCUUCGUUGACGCAUAGUGAGAUAGCGCCGACACCUGCGUCGGAUGUGUUCUCGCUGGCUGCUACGCUGCUUGCAGCGGCCACGGGUGAUUUGCUGCUGUAUUCGAAUAUGAAUCACCGGCUCAGGUUGGAGAUGGCAAGGGCGGGGCAUCAGAUUAUUGAUUUUGCGCGGUCUGGGAUGAAUGGGAGUCGGGUGCCGAGGAACGGCUUUGUUGAGCGGAUUGUGAAGCCGGCUGUUGUCAAGGAUCCGGUGAUGCGGAUCUCGACGACGAAGUGGGUGGAGCUUGCGUCCGCUUGA